AUGAAGACCCAGCCUACCAUGUGGUCCAGCAGAGACUCGGAGGAGAAGAUGAAGUCCCGUUUGUUUUCGCUCGUCUCCUGUGUGGCGCUGCUCUCACUGUGUCACGCCACUCCUCUGCUCUACAACACAUCCAUUGACGGCAGUGGGGAUGAAGCAGAGCUGGAGCUCCUUUUUCCAACCUCUUUCGCCACUCGACUCCCACCCUCACCAGCGCCAUCACCAACCAUCACCAUCACCAUGAUCCGCCUGAAGGACUUCGUCCUCACUCGAGUAGUGGACUUCCUGCAGGAGAAUCUGCUCAUCAUCAUCGUCGUGACCUCUCUUCUCAUCGUCAUGGUCUUCAUCAUCUGCUGUGCCUCUGCCAUGAGUCAUAAGCGCAAGCUGGAGGCCUACAAACCCCCUCCUAAUGCGAACAAGAAGCAGGUGGCUGAUAAAACAGGCGCUGGCAAAACUCCAAGCGAGCCCCAGGAGAGGCCGUACGCCGUCGACCACGUCAAGAGGGUCCAGACUCAGAGCGCGGCCUCCCCCAAGCACCUGCGCACGCCCUCCAAGGCUCUGGUGGGGGAGAGGGGCAGAGAGGUCAGGUCGUCGCCACGCCAGGAGGCCCGGAAGGUGAGGGAGGCAGAAGAGGGGGAGAAGCGGAGAGAGGAGCCCAAGCACAAAGAGCAGCCCAAGCACAAGGAGGAGGUGCAGCAGAGCCCCAGCACCAGCUCCGGUCAUACAGUCUGCACCUGCCACCUGAAAAAGGCCCACCACUAG